GUAGAGAGGAUGGACGAGCAGCGGCUAGUCUUAUGUGCGAGCUACUGAUAGCAGCCGCUCCUCUCGGUGGAGCAGCAGCAGUAGUAGUGGUUCUGACAAGCAAAGUGAUCGAGAAGCAAAGUUGCACGUCGAAGAGGUGUCGACGAUCCCGUGGCCGUACUGGCCGAUCUCGUUCCCAGUGACACCGUGUGCAUCCCGGGCAAAAUCUUCAGCUGAAAGGACGACGAACGUUGUGGCCCGUGGCCGCAUCUCGUGCAACGGGCUUCCUUUCUACACCGUACAACACCUACGUUCCGAGAUAUGACGUCCACUUGUUUCUCCCCCGAGCCAAUUCGACCACCGAUCGACCUCAACGAUCAAUCUGACACAGUCAAGGGUACCGACCUGAUCAAAGUGUCGAGGUUUUAUAAGGACAGCAAGGAGGGAAAGUUCGUGAGCUUCAUACACGAGGACACGACGACCCUGUACGAAGGUUUCCGCAAUGGCGCCAAAGAGUCCAACAACGGGCCAUGUCUCGGCUGGCGGGAUGGACCAAAUAAACCUUACCAGUGGCUUCAUUACAACGAGGCUCUGCUCAGGGCGAAGAAUUUCGGUUCUGGCCUAGUGACGCUAGGUGUAGCACCAGGAUCACACACGCUCGUGGGCUUGUACAGUCAAAACUGCCCGGAAUGGAUCCUCACGGAGCAAGCCUGCUACACGUAUUCACUGAUCGUGGUGCCUUUAUACGACACAUUGGGCCCUGACGCCUGUGCCUUCAUCAUCAACCAGGCGGAGAUCAACCUGGUCGUCUGCGAGAAUGACCAGAAAUGCAAUCUGUUGCUCGACAAAGCGCCGAGGUGCCUGAGGAAAAUGGUGGUGAUAAAAGAGAUAAAGCAAACGACGAUUCAGAGGGCGAAGAACCGUGGCGUUGAGUUGCUGAGGUUCGAGGACGUCGAACGGUUAGGCGCUCAGAAGAACCAACCGGAGUAUCCGCCUAAGGUGACCGACCUGUGCACGAUAUGCUACACAUCCGGUACCACGGGGAACCCGAAAGGCGUGAUGUUGACGCAUCAGAACGUGAUGGCCGGGAUAUGCGCUGUUCUGAUGCAGUUAGGCGAGCACAGACCCUCGUACAAGGAUACGAUGAUCAGCUUCUUGCCUCUGGCACACAUGUUGGAACGUUGCUGCGAGAACGGCAUGUACAUGGUGGGCGGGUCUGUGGGCUUUUACAGCGGUGACAUCAAAAGGUUGCCCGAGGAUAUGAAAGCCUUGAGGCCUACCGUGAUGCCAGCAGUACCGAGGCUGUUGAAUCGAAUGUACGACAAGGUCCAAGCUGAACUUCAAAGCUCGUGUAUGAAGAGGAUGGUGUUCAGCCUGGGUAUGCGAGCGAAAGAGGCGGAGAUCAAGAAAGGGAUCAUCAGGAACAAUAGCAUAUGGGACAAGCUGGCUUUUGGAAAGAUCAAAGAGUCGACUGGAGGGAGGGUGAGACUGAUGGUCGUUGGUUCUGCCCCGUUGGCAGGAAACGUGCUCACCUUCGCGAGAUGCGCUCUUGGUUGCUUGGUCGUCGAGGGAUACGGCCAGACUGAGUGCUGUGCACCAAUCACACUCACUGUCCAGGGUGAUCAUGUACCGGAACACGUGGGACCACCGGUUCCCUGCUGCUGCGUUAAAUUAGUGGACGUUCCGGAAAUGGAAUACUACGCGAGGAAAAACCAAGGUGAAGUGUGCGUGAAAGGUACUAACGUGUUUGUUGGAUACUUCAAGGAUCCCGAAAGAACUGCACAAGUUAUCGACGAAUUUGGAUGGCAUCACACUGGAGACGUCGGCAUGUGGUUGCCUAACGGAGCGCUCAAAAUAAUCGAUCGAAGAAAACACACUUUCAAAUUGUCGCAAGGAGAGUACAUAGUUCCAGAGAAAAUUGAGAAUAUUUAUUUACGCAGUCAAUAUGUACAUCAAGUGUUCGUUCACGGAGAGUCCCUGAAAUCUUGCGUGGUAGGAAUAGCAAUACCAGAUGUAGAUGUUGUAAAAUGUUGGGCAGUGGAGAACGGUAUACCCGGUACCCUAAGCGUGUUAUGUGCUAAUCCACAAGUUAAACAGUUGAUCAUGGACGAUAUGCUCGCGUGGGGAAAAGAAGCUGGUCUCAAAUCUUUUGAACAGGUGAAAGAUAUUUAUUUACAUCCAGAUCCGUUUUCUGUGCAAAACGGUCUUCUCACGCCACAAUUGAAAAUGAAACGGCCUCAGUUGAAGGAAUACUUCAAGCCGCAGAUAGAGGAUCUCUAUCGACAUUUGGACUGACCAGACUGAGCAUCGACUUUUGAUUCUGUUUUAUCAGCAUUGGAAGCAACAACACGAAGAAGGAUCGAAACAUUGUUUGCGCCGCAUUCACAGAGAAAUCAUUAUCGUCAUUUGAAUACUCGUUAAUCCGCGAUACUUUUAUUCUAUCAUUUUCUUCAUAAUUACGUAAGUAGCGACGUGAAAGAAAGAAAAGAAAAGGCAAGCACCGUUUAAGCCAUAUUAAGGUA